UAUCAACAUCACAGAAUGGAACUAUCGAACUCUCUGUGACCGUUAGUUUUGCCUCUAUUAUUGUUGCCGCUAAGGAAAGAGAGUCUCGUCAGGCCAUGGUACUGGUGUUCGUUGGACCUUGUUAAUAAGGUACUGUUGUUCCUUGGACCUUGUAAAUUUGUUAAAAUGGCCUUAUCUAAAUCCAAGGCCUUGUCUUUAGAAGACUGCCACUGUCUCCUUUGUAUGGAAUUCCUCAUUGAGCCCAUAACUCUGCCCUGUAACCACACAAUGUGCAAAUCGUGCUUUAAAGCACUUCUCCGAAAAACAAAUUUAUUCUGCCCCUUCUGCCGCUACUGGAUCACUUCAUGGGCUCGGCACCCUACUCAUAUAAACAGUCUUAUCAAUAAGGAACUGUGGGAAAGAAUUCAAACUCUGUACCCAGAGGAAUGCAGAAGUAGGAACCCUUCACUGGUCUUUAAUGAUGAUCCUCCAAUUCGAGUGCUAAGUAAUCCCGGGGAAUUGAGGAAAGAAUAUGAAGAGGAGAUGAUCAGGAUGGAGGCUGAGCGCCAGGCCACCAAUGAAAGACAAAACAGAGCCAAUGAGGAAUAUAUAAGGCAAUUACUGGCAAAGGAAUUAGAGGAGGAAAAAAUGCUGGCAGAAAAGCACAGACUGGAAGAACAGCAGCAAAGAGAGGAAGAGGCUAAAAAGAGCUGCAUGAGUGAUCCAGUCACAUCACCAAGAAAAAAAAAGUGCAAACAAAAACACUGUGGCAAUAUUCCGCAGGCUCAGCUUGAGUCAGUCUUGCAGUAUGAAUCUGUGCAGGAAGGCAAGAAAACAUCUAAUAGGACACAAGAAACGAAAACUGAAGAAAAUGUGUCAGCAGCUACUUUGUCAACCGGUCCUCAGAAUCGUAAACAAGAUACUUUAAAGUCAAGUUACACAUUUUCUCAUAGCUAUGAUGCAAUAGUGGGCAGUUCAGAAACUGAGGAAAUAAAACCAAGCUGCUCCAAUGGCAGCUCUUAUGUCCCAUUUAAGAACAUUAAACCUGAAGCUACCACUCAUUCUUCUGUCCAGAUACAGAAUGUAAGCAGUGAGUCAAGCAAAACAGAGGAAAUUGGAAACUGUAAAACUGAGGAAAAAGAAAAAAUGCCUCCUCCUUUGAGCAGUAAACAUAAUUCUAAAAGAAAGCAUCAAGAAUAUCCAUCUAAAGCAGCAGCCAGUAAACCUGACAUCUCUCAUGAAAUACCCCCUGAAUCUUCCUCCGAUGACAAGGAAACACAAGAUCUCAUUACCAAAAAGCUGAUAGACUUGGAGCAACUGUAUUAUAAGAAGCAUCUACAAGAAGAACAAGAUAGAUUAUUUGCAUUGGAGCUUCAAAGAGUACUGGAUGAAGAAGUGAUGAGGGGAAGGUGGAGUAAAAAGUCUCUGCAGAACUGUCCAUCCCAGUAUGAUGUCGGGCCACACACCUCAGCCAAAGAGGAUUCCAAAGAUAAGAACACUUGAAAGGUCCUGAGUUCAAUUACCAUCAACCACAUGGUGGCUCACAACCAUC